AUGUCAGAGGCUGCUCGCUGGAAAGCCACGGUAUUUGUGGGCGGUCUGUCAUUUGGCGUGACCACCACUGAUUUACUCAAUGCCUUCAUUCCAUUUGGAGAAAUUGUUGAAGUGCAGAUCCCGAAGCCAGACUCGCGAAAGUCAAUGGACACCCACCGUGGCUUUGCAUACGUUGAAUUUGAGGACCCAGAAGAUGCCAAAGAAGCCAUUGAUAACAUGGACCAGUCAGAAUUCUUCGGCAAAGUUUUGAAAGUAUCGCAAGCAAAAGCACCCAAGAGUGCGGACGAAGGAUUGGGCAGCAGGAAAGCAGUCUGGGAACAGGAAAGCUGGUUGGCGGAGCAUGCCGCGGAAGAACAAAAUGGAGCAUCAGAAGAACCAGCCGCCAACAGUUCCGCAGUCGAUCCUAUGCAGGGCUUGGAGGGAUUGGAUGUAGCCGGGCCGAAACCAGUAUGA